GCCCGGUAAUCUCUCUACCAUUCUUCUUCGUCCUGACCGCUAUCUUUUCCUUUUCAUCUCAUAUAUUUCCUUUUGCAGAGUUUCGUUUUUCUUUGAUCAUAAUCUGCUUCUUCAGUUGAUUGGCGGUGGUAGCACGGAAACCGUAGAGCAAUUCCUCUUCCGCUUCGUUUGUUAUUGAUUCGUCGAUCUUACCCGCGCGGUAGCUCCUCUUGGAAUCUUUCUCUGAUUCUCGAACAUCAUACGAAUUGCAUACAGCAAUUAUGGAUCCUCGAUACACCGGAGAGAUGUUGAAGCAUUUGGAGAAGCAGAAUGAGUUGUUAACGGAAGCAUAUAAUUCAAUGUCUCAUGAAUUGCAUAAGCUCCAGGUAGAGGAAGAAAUGCUGAUGCGAAAAUUUUAUGAACUUAUGGCUGCUCAGGGUUUAAGUAAAAAGAACGAAGGCAAUACCAAUUUUUCAAUCGGUGGCCAAAUUGGAGACUCCACUACUGCUUUACGUGCUAAAAGUGUUUCUGAUGGUGGUGAAAUUGGGGAAUCAACUGCUAUAAUACCUACCAAGACCAAUGAGUAACAGCGAGGAUAUCAAGUUCGCUUUGACUUUCUCAUUUACUUCGAAAAUUCUUGUGUUAGUAAUUGUUUACCUUAUGAUCCUCAUGUUCCCUUGUGUAUAGCUACAAGUUUUGUUAACUGAGGUAUUCGAUCCUACAGUUUCAUAAACUGUAAACCUUGUCUGUACCCUUCAAUCCAAACAUUUGAAAAACAUAACUUCUUAUCAGAUUGAGUUUACGAUAGCUACCUGAGUUUUACUGUAUAAUGUUCUUUGAAUUGCAAAUGAAGAAUGGAGUUGCCAGAAAUGGAGGCAUGGUUUGUAACUCAUAUAUAAUAAUAAUUCCUUGUUAACAUGUUUUUA